CGGAUGUGUCGUAAAACUAACGCGACCCCAACCGGAAGUUUUGUACUGAAAGUGAAAACAGCCGCAUCACAGCGACAAUGAAUACCCGUGGACUCAGAUCACAGCUGAAGGACAGUGUACCGGUGACGGGCAUGGGUCCCCAGGUUGGGGCUUAUGGCGUUCAGGACACACUCAGGAGCGGAUUCAGCAGUGUGAAAAAUGAGCUUCUCCCCAGCCAUGCGUUGGAGCUGUCAGAAAAGAAUUUUCAGCUGAACCAGGACAAGAUGAACUUCUCUACCCUCAGAAACAUCCAGGGCCUCCACGCUCCCCUUAAACUACAGAUGGAGUACAGGGCAGCCAGACAGAUCCAGCGCCUGCCGUUCCUGCAGAGCUCACACCUGGCUCUGGACACUCUCAAAGGGAACGAUGAGAGCAUCAGCUUUGAGGACAUCCUCAACGAUCCAGCCCAGAGUGAGAUGAUGGGCGAGCCCCACGUCAUGGUGGAGUAUAAGUUGGGCAUGAUGUAAGAGCCGUCCAACACCAGGACGUUUGUUUUUACCCUCUGUUAAUUAGUUACCGUGUGACAAUGCAUCUGCUUUAGAGGUGGUCACUCACUUCCUCAUUUGUGAGACAGCACUCAAGACUUUUGUAUCAUUGGAUUCCUUUGUUUCUAAUAAAUCCUGUAACUCAA